AUGUCGCAAUCGCACGAUCUGCAUCGCGCGUUGCUGCGACCCGCCAUUCUUCAUACGUUACGUGCUGCCGGCUUUCACAGCACCAAGCCAUCAGUGCUCGACACACUGCUCAACCUAGCCGAACGACAUCUCGUCCUCCUCGCGUCUACCACCGCACAGCAUGCCGUCUCCAGUCACAACGACCCCGUGCCAACCAUAUCCGACGUGCGCAUGGCUCUGUCGGACUGCGGUGUGCUGAUCCCGCUCGAAGGCGCCGCAGAGGAGGCUUGGAAAGAGCGAAUGCGCAUUCCCUUGGCAGAAAUGGCAGAUGUGCCCAAGGCUGGCAAGCAGCGUAUGAUUGCGGAGAAGCGGAAGCGAGAUGAUGAGGACACGGAAGACGUGAGAGAGUUUGCAAGAUGGUACGACUCUAGUCAAUAUCGGGAGAUCAAGCGAGUGGCAGGCCUCGAGAAGGAUCUCAAUGUUCCCGGCGCAGUGCCCUUGAUCGGUGUUGGAGGCAGUGUGGUAAAGGAGGACGAUUUCUUCACGGCAUUGAAGAAGAAGCACAGUAAGUCUGGCGACGACAGCAGAUUGCAGGGGACGGUGCUGGGAAGACCAGCGGACGAAAGAGACGUUGUCAUUGAAGGAGGUCCAGUUCAACGUCUUCGGGAUUGGCGACCGAGGCUGGAAAAGAGCGCUCAAGCCCAGGGAGUGAAGUGA